AUGGUUUUCAGAUCCCCUUUAGAGCUUUAUCCCUCCCAUUUCUUCCUGCCAAACUUCGCUGAUCGCCCCGUGCUCCUGGCGAACAGCGCUCCCACCACCAGGUCUCCUCCAGAAGACUUGUCCAUGUUUCAGCUACCGACCCUCAACUUCUCCCCGGAGCAGGUGGCGAGCGUCUGCGAGACGCUGGAGGAGACCGGGGACAUCGAGCGGCUGGGCCGGUUCCUCUGGUCCCUGCCCGUGGCUCCGGGUGCGUGUGAAGCCAUCAACAAGCACGAAUCCAUCCUGCGCGCCCGGGCAGUGGUGGCUUUCCACACGGGGAACUUCAGAGACCUGUACCACAUCCUGGAGAACCACAAGUUCACCAAGGACUCGCACGGGAAACUGCAGGCCAUGUGGCUGGAAGCGCACUACCAGGAGGCCGAGAAGCUCCGCGGACGUCCCCUCGGACCGGUCGAUAAGUACCGGGUGAGGAAGAAGUUUCCUCUGCCUCGGACCAUCUGGGACGGCGAGCAGAAGACGCACUGUUUCAAAGAGAGGACACGGAGCCUGCUGAGGGAGUGGUACCUCCAGGACCCGUACCCGAACCCCAGCAAGAAAAGGGAACUGGCUCAAGCCACUGGACUCACUCCCACACAGGUCGGAAACUGGUUUAAAAACCGGAGGCAACGAGACAGAGCCGCGGCGGCCAAAAACAGGCUCCAACACCAAGCAAUAGGACCGAGCGGUAUGAGGUCCCUGUCAGAGGCCGGCCUCACCCCUCACAGCUCGGCAGAGUCGCCGUCAACCGCGGCCAGUCCGACCACCAGCGUUUCCAGUAUGGCAGAAAGAGUUGAUACUGGGACGUCCAUCCUGUCCGUCACAUCCAGCGACUCGGAGUGCGAUGUAUGA